UAUCGGCACGAAUUACUACAACGCCCUAAAAACCGGAAACGCCGUGUGCACUGCUUAUUUGGGCUCAAACCAGCCUACUGACAAGACCAGCGACCAGCCUCCGUGAACUACAGGUUCCAUGGUGCAUUGCUAGAGUGUAUCAUCAUGGCCGAAAAGGACUGGAAGGAUUGCAUAAGAAGUCUGAAAGGCGUCGUGUUGGAUAUGUGCGGCGUUUUGUAUGACAGCGGCGAGGGAGGCGGUGUUACUAUCGACGGCUCAGUAGAAGCAGUGAAAAGGAUUAAGGCAUCAGACCUGAAGCUGCGGUUCUGCACCAACGAGACCCAGGCGACACGGGAGCAGUUUGUGGCCGAGCUGAGGCGCAAUGGCUUCGACAUCUCCGUCCACGAGGUGUUCUGCCCGGCGCCAGCUGCUGUGGCCAUCCUGAAGGAGCGUGACCUGCGUCCGCACCUGCUCGUGCAUCAUGACGUGGUUCCCGAGUUUGACAGCGUGGAGAAGAGCAAUCCAAACUGCGUGGUUAUUGGUGACGCUGCUGAUAACUUCUCGUAUAAGAAUCUGAACGAUGCCUUCCGUGUUCUCAUCGGCCUGGAGAAGCCGGUUCUGUUUUCCCUGGGCAGAGGGCGCUACUACAAAGAGGCAGAUGGUCUAAAGCUGGAUGUGGGAGUCUACAUGAAGGCCCUGGAGUAUGCCUGCGACAUCGAGGCAGAGGUGGUGGGAAAGCCUGCCCAGACAUUCUUCCAGAGCGUGCUGACGGACAUGGGGAUCGAGCCCCAACAGACCCUGAUGAUCGGAGAUGACCUGGUGAAUGACGUGGGUGGGGCUCAGAGCUGUGGGAUGCUUGGGCUCCAGGUGAGGACGGGGAAGUACAGGCCCAGCGACGAGAAGCACCCCACGGUCAAGGCCAACGGCUACGUGGACAAUCUGGCUGAAGCAGUAGACAUCAUCCUGAAGUACCGGGCCCAGUGAGACCACCACCAUUGUGUCUCCCAUGGGAGGGACUAAGUGGGGAUGCUCACCUUUGGCAUCAACUGUACACAGAACAAGGCUGACUUUACAGGCUGACUUUACAUUGCUACCCUACCACAUUACUCCGCAUGGGAGUAAUGUGGUAGGGUAGCAAUGAAGGACGUGGACUUGUCCCUGAAGGUUUCCGAUCCAAGGAUCACUCACGAGCAAGUGGCUUUCCUUGAAUUACUCUAGUAAAAACAUGUAGCUGUAUUAAAGGGUUAAAUACUUAAGUGAUGGCCAAAAGCAUAAGCUAAGUUUGAAAGGAGCAGUGUGCCUGUUCGGCCGCUGUUUUACUUACUUCCUGUGUAGCUGAGCACAGGUGAGACGGCUGACUUGUAGAACCAGUGUGAUUUAGUGUUAUAUGUCAGUAACGUUGAGUGUAGCAGCACAACUUCUGUUUGUCUAACAGCUUUUUCGGGUUCAUCCUCUUUGAGGAUUGAUGAUGGUGAUGGGGGGCGAGCAGGUUUGGUGAGGGGAGCUGCAUCAAGACCUGUUGCCUUCAGGAAUCUGUUGAGCAGGCAAAAGACUAAGAUAUAGAUACAAAGGGAAGUUGAUUUAUAGUAGCUAGAGCAAGCAUUGCACUGAUAGGGGUGGGUAACUAUGUGGCCAUAGGGAGUAUGUGCUUUCUCACAUCAAUGGCAAGUAUGGAAACACUGAUUCAUUUUUAAAUAAAGAAGGCGAGGUAC